AUGAGUAUCUAUUUGAUCCCGGAUGGGGUGGUGAAGGAUAUUGAAAAAAUGCUUAACUCAUUUUGGUGGGGGGGUGGUCGUAACAAUAAGGGUAUUCGGUGGUUAGCUUGGGAGAGGAUGACUAUGAUGAAGUGUGAGGGAGGAUUGGGAUUUAGAGACUUUAAAGCCUUUAAUAUGGCUAUAAAACAAGGUCGGAAUAUUUUGGCAAAACCCACUUCUCUUGUUGCGAGAAUUUUCAAAGCUAGGUAUUUUCCACGGUCAUCUUUUCUUGAUUCAAAAGUUGGCAAUAAUCCGAGUUUUGUUUGGAGGAGUUUGUGGAAAGCUAAGGAUGUUCUUAAGCUCGGAAGUAGGUAG